GUCAUGGAGCUGCUGGUUCAUCUGAAUAAGCGCAUCAAAAGUCGUCCAAAAAUUCAGCUUCCAGUAGAGACAUUGCUAGUUCAAUAUCAAGAUCCUUCUGCAGUGUCUUUUGUCACUAAUUUUACCAUAAUUUAUGUUAAGAUGGGAUACCCCCGUCUGCCUGUGGAAAAACAAUGUGAAUUAGCUCCAACUCUUCUCACUGCAAUGGAAGGGAAACCUCAGCCACAGCAAGACAGCCUGAUGCAUCUUCUAAUACCAACCCUUUUUCACAUGAAAUAUCAAACUGCGGACCCACUGAAAGCAGCAGCUUCUCCAUUUAAUCUUGCUGAAAAACCAAAGACUGUACAGCUGCUUUUGGACUUUAUGUUGGAUGUUCUUCUUAUGCCUUAUGGGUUUGUAUUGAAUGAAUCUCAGAGUCGACAAAAUACGCCCUCAGCCCAGGGCUCCUCCUCAAGUAGUGUGGGAGGUCCUGGAAUCCCUCAGCCGCCUCCAGGGAUGAGCUUUUAUGCAGCUAAAAGAGUAAUUGGAGAUAGCCCAUGGACACCAGAGCUGCUGGAACAGUGUAAACUGGGGAUAGUGAAGUUCAUUGAAGCUGAGCAAGUGCCAGAACUUGAAGCUGUUAUACACCUGGUUGUGGCCUCCAGUGAUACAAGACACAGUGUUGCCACUGCAGCAGACCUUGAACUGAAGAGCAAACAGAGUUUAAUUGACUGGAACAAUCCUGCUAUCAUCAACAAAAUGUAUAAAGUGUAUCUUGGGGAUAUACCACUGAAAACUAAGGAGGGAACUGUUCUGAAACCAGAAAUGAAACGAGAGUCAGUCAGCACCCGUGUUAAAUUAAAGAUUGUUCCUCAUCUUCUGCGAUCCAGACAAGCUGCAGAAAUGUUUCCAGCGAACAUUCAGGUGGUUUAUGAUGGCCUCUUUGGUGCAAACACAAAUGCAAAACUGAGAAGUCUGUCCUUGCAAUUUGUGCAUCAUAUUUGUAUCAUUUGUCCAGAAAGUAAAAUUAAGCCGUUAGGCCCAAUGCUUUUAAAUGGACUUACAAAGCUGAUCAAUGAAUACAAAGAGGAUUCAAAACUGCUGUCAAUGGCAUAUUCAGCGGUUGGAAAGCUCUCCAGCCGAAUGCCUCAGCUCUUUACCAAGGAUAUAGCACUGGUACAGCAGUUUUUUGAAGCUUUAUGCAAGGAAGAUACUGAUACUAGACUUGCCAUUCAGGAGGCCUUGUCUAUGAUGGUUGGAGCAUACAUUAACUUGGAAGGAGCCCAGCAUACCCUGAUGGAAGCUCUUGUAGCUUCUUACUUAAUAAAGCCUGAAGUUCAAGUACGUCAAGUGGCUGUAAAAUUUGCUAGUACAGUAUUCCCUCCAGAUCACAUCCCUUCCAGAUACUUACUCCUGUUAGCUGCAGGAGACCCGCGGGAAGAGGUACAUGGAGAAGCACAGCGGGUGCUGAGAACAUUUCCUGGUAAAAAUGAAAAGGAGAGUUCUGUGAAGCAGAUGCCUUCCUUCCCUGAAAUGGUCCUUUACAUUCAAGACAAGGCCUCUCACCGAAUGAAAACUUCAGCUAAAUAUAUGACUGGAACUGCAGCGUUGCCUUUCAAUCCUGCCACAUUUGAAGAGAUAGUUCUGUAUCUGCGGAUGUGUCUUGCUCACAGUGCAGGUGUGGUGCCAACCUCACAGAGCUUGGCAGAUAUGCAAGAUCAUGCUCCAGCCAUUGGACGUUACAUAAGAAACCUCAUGCCUGGCAACCACAUAUCUUUCUCUUCCUCCUCCUCUUCAAAAAGUGCAGAAACCAAUCCUGUACUUAUAUAUAUUGGCCUUCUUCAGCAACUGUUAGCUGGUGUUGGAGGUUUGCCAGUCAUGUAUUGUCUUCUAGAAGUUGUUUCAGUGUAUCCAGAAAAACUAGCCACCAGAUUUGUAGACAAAAUGGAUUGGAUAAAG